UUUAAUUGAAGAUAUUUUUUCUCAGUGUGGUGGAUUACUGAUGAAUCUGAGGUGAAUAUGGAACAAAGACGAGGUGAGCCGAAACGGGCGCGAGGAUAUCUGGUUGGAUCCGUUGUCGCGCUGCUUUUGUGGAGCGUCGCCUCUGCGCAGCUGAGGUACUCCAUCUCAGAGGAGGUGAACGAAGGAACUGUGGUGGGAAACAUAGCAAAGGAUCUGGGAUUAGAUAAGAGAUCUCUACGAGACAGGAGGUAUCGGAUUGUUUCCAGUGACGCAGACCCUCUUUUUCAUGUGAAUCAGAAUGACGGAAUCCUCUACGUGAGCAGAAAGAUAGACAGAGAAAAGGUGUGCGCGCAGAGCGGCGCGUGUUCAAUUAACCUAAAAACCGUGCUGGAAAACCCACUGGAGGUCCACUACGUCCGGGUGGAGGUGAUGGAUGUUAACGAUCAUUCUCCCAGCUUCCAGGAGAAUGAAACCACGCUGGAGAUUUCAGAGUCCGUCUUGCCUGGAGCGCGAUUCCAGCUCCGAGCAGCAGGGGACCCAGAUAGCGGUCAUCUCUCUGUGCAGCAAUAUAAACUCAGCCAAAACGAGCAUUUUCGUUUGGAAAUUAAAGAUAAAGAAGAUGAUGACGGUAAAAUACCUAUACUGGUUGUUCAAAAACCGUUAGACAGGGAGACAGCAGGGAGCCAUUUAUUGGUUCUGACAGCUUUAGAUGGUGGAAAACCUCCAAAAACCGGUACAAUGAAUAUAAUAAUAAACGUUUUGGACAUUAAUGAUAAUGCACCAGUUUUUUCUGAUGACAAUUAUCCCAUUAUGCUGAAUGAAAAUCCCAGAUCAGGAACAAAAGUCACACAAGUGAAUGCAAAAGAUUUAGAUGAAGGGACAAACGGAGACGUGGUUUACUCAUUAAGCAAAACUAAUAAACCAUAUAUUCUAAACCUGUUUGAAAUGAAUCCAGUUACAGGUGAACUUUCAGUCAAAGGUUUUAUAGACUAUGAGGAGAAAGAUAAAUAUCAAAUAGAAAUCCAUGCCUCAGAUAAAGGCAUCGCUCCUCUGACAGCAGAAAAAAGUGUAAGAAUUAAAAUAGUUGACGUAAAUGAUAAUGCUCCUGAGAUUGAAGUGACCUCAUUUUCUAGCUCCAUCCCAGAAGAUUCCAGACCAGGAACUACUGUUGCUCUGAUCAGUGUAAACGAUCUGGACUCUGGUCUUAAUGGAAAAGUUAUUUGCUCGAUAAAUCAGGAAGUUCCGUUUAGUUUAUCUCCAUCCUUACAAGAUAAAAUGUUUUCACUAGUCACCAAAUCUCCUUUAGACAGAGAGAAACAGUCUCAUUAUGAUUUGACAGUAACUGCACAAGAUGCAGGUCAGCCACCAUUAUCAUCUGAAAAGACAAUACGUGUUGUUGUGUCUGAUGUGAAUGACAACAGUCCAGAGUUUACACUGAGUCCAUAUACUUUCUAUAUCACUGAGGGCAACAACCCAGGAGCCUCAGUGUUUUCUGUGAAAGCCUCUGAUGGUGAUGAAGGAGAUAAUGCAGUCAUCUCUUAUCAUAUUGUCAGAGACAGAGAUGAACACAGUAAAUUAACUUCAUUUCUAAACAUAAACUCAGAAACCGGAGACAUCGUGGCUCUGAGAAGUUUCGACUUUGAAACUUUAAAAACGUUCCAGUUCCAAGUUGUGGCCUCAGACUCUGGAAGUCCGUCCCUGAGCAGCAACGUGACAGUGAACGUGUUCAUUCUGGAUCAGAACGACAACGCUCCAGUCAUCCUGUAUCCAGUCAGCUCCAACGGUUCUGCUGAAGGUGUGGAGGAGGUUCCCCGCAACAUGAACGCAGGACACUUGGUGACUAAAGUCAGAGCCUAUGAUGCUGAUAUAGGAUAUAAUGGCUGGCUGCUGUUCUCACUGCAGGAAGUGACUGACCACAGUCUGUUUGGUUUGGACCGCUACACAGGACAGAUCAGAACACUUCGCUCAUUCACAGAGACAGACGAGGCUGAGCAUAAACUGCUCAUCCUGGUCAAAGACAAUGGCAACGUUUCACUGUCAGCAACAGCUACUGUCAUUGUCAAAGUGGUGGAGCCCAAAGAGGCUUUUGCAGCUUCUGAUGUGAAGAGUUCAGCCAAAGAUGAUGAGGAGACUGAUGUGACUUUUUACCUGAUGAUCACUUUGGGCUCAGUGUCGGUUCUGUUCCUCAUCAGCAUCAUCGUGCUGAUUGCAAUGCAGUGCUCCAAGUCCACAGAAUAUACUUCUAAAUAUCUCCAAGAGGCUAAUUAUGAUGGGACACUGUGUCACAGCAUCCAGUACAGAUCUGGAGACAAACGCUACAUGUUAGUAGGACCCAGGAUGAGUGUAGGAUCUACUAUAGUACCUGGAAGUCACGCAAACACUCUGGUGCUGCCUGACAGGAGGAACACUUCUGAUGAGGUAAGACCUUUACUUGAUCUAAAAAAUGCAUCAUUAUGUCAGAAGUACAUUUAUUUAGAAACCUCCUUUCUUUCUUUUGUUUUCUAAAUUCCAAAAUGUUUUCCAAUCUUUAUUGUGUUCCCUUGAGCAUGCGUGAUCUGUUGAGCCUUUGGAACACAGCGAUUCUUUAAUUUAGAGCUGAGAUUUGAAUUUUGCAGCCUGUCAUGUUAUUGACUUUUCUCCAGCUUUUGUCUUUGACUUGUGAACAGUCUAGUUUGUUCUUCUCUAAUGAGCUUUAUGCUCUAUAGGGACUGUUGCUGCUGUUUAGCGCAGGCCUGUCUAUCUGAAGAUAUUGUUUUGUUUUCAUUUGUGCAGACGUGUCCAAUGUUUGGUUUGUUCAGGUCAUGAAUUAGAAAAUGGUUGAGGUGAGUGUUUCUGAUGUUUCUGCUGUGCUGCAAUGUGGUUGGCUCACUUUGUGGUAGAUUCAUUUUUAAUAUUGCUGGUUGUGUGAAAGCAGGGACUUUGUGUGGUGCAGAAUUACACAAGUAGUGAGUGUAGCUCUCAGGUUUUGGAGCAUUUACAUUCGUAUCUCAGUGCCGUUUGAGUCCACUAUUUUAUGACCUUUUGAGUUCUGAUGACAUUUUACCAUGGUGUGCAUCAUCAGUUAUCUGGUGGUUCUGCUUUAAUAACUCUGGACCAUUUGUCUUGCUUGAUCCGGGUAAGGUUCUAAAGGUAACAUUUUAAAGAGGGAAAGUGUUAAACCCCUCUGCAUCACUGGCCUGUCUUUGUGCAGCUUUUAAACACAUUGAGCGACUCAAGGAUAAAAGAAGGAUUUUCAGCGUCUCACUCCUGAUCACUGCAAAAAACACUUUACGAGAAUGGCUUUGGGGCUCCUGCAGUUAUCACUACUGAUUCAGUGAGGAAUUUGAAAAGUAUUUGUAAAAAAAAAAAUGUAAAACUCCAAAACAGUGUUCCGCCAGCCUCCAUUUUAUAUUUAGUCCCAGGGCCUGGGUUGUAACAUCAUCAACAGUUGUUGCAUCAAAAUUUAUGUUUUUCAAAGACAGAUCUGUGUUGUUAAAAAUUCUGUGAAAAUCUAAACAUUUGUUCUGAAUCAUAGGUCAGAUCAGAGAGAAUGUGAUCUGCUAUGCUCAUGGAAAUGAACCAGUUGUUCAUUUGACAUGAAAACAAAUUGCAUUAUUUUGUCAUGUUCUGUGCCCCUUUUGUCCCCAGUGCCCUCCUGGUUCCCCCCAUGUUCUCCAUUCUCCCCACCUUUUGGUUUAGUUUUUCAGUUCUCCUGUCUCCUUUAGUGUGUGUGUUUCCUUUCCCCACUUAGACGAUUUCUUUUCUUUUUAGUUCGCCCUGUGUCUUUGUUUCUUCUAUGUUUUUAGUUUGGUUUGGUUAUUUCAGUAGCUUUGGUUUUAAGGAUUAGAUUUGGUUUUCUCCCCUGCUAUUUCUGCCUCUCCUUAAGUCAUUGUUUUCACCUGUGCCCAAUUCCCACACACCUGCCCCUCGUCUCCUAUCACCCAGC